CGCUACUCUCUUCAUUGUUCAAUCGUCACGUCAUGGAAAGAGUUACUGCGUUUCUGCCAAACUAAAGUAAUACUUUCUGAAAAACUCCUCUCUGGCCUGUUGAGUCUCAAGUCGAGGGAAAUAGUGGGAGAAGAGAGGGAUCUGAACUGUAUCUGUGGAUUAUAAAGAUGCUUUAGAUGUAGUUUUUAUUCUUUUGUUGACGGAACGCAGAUGAUGCGUUUAUUCCGCAUCCCAGUCCGGGACAAAAUGUUAGGGUAAUGUUUUCAUCUGUUUUUUGUUUUUGUUUUUUUGUUCAGGCGGACUUGCAAACCAUUUUGUGUUUGUUUUAAAAGAGCUUUACACCAUGCAAGAUGCCUAUAACUGUUAUAAAAGGAUUUUAAGACAGUGAGUUGCAAGUGUUCGCCGGUACCGCGAUUCUACUGAACGGAAUUUAUGGAUGUAUGGUUGUAUAUUUGCGGCUGAAUAUUAUGGUUUUGCGGAAUAAUGAAACGCCAUAAAUUUUGGGAUGUUGGAGAAUAAUACAACAAUUGUGUAAUAAUAUUACAAUGUGUAAUACUUUCUUUUAGAGUUACAAAUGUAGCAAAUACGAUUAUAAAUUCAUUGUUUCAUUUUAUCUGAAAAAUAAACCAUUCCUGCCUUCUUCUUUGUGGUCAGUAAGGUUUAAAUCUUUUCCUUAGAAUUUGACCAAUAGCCUCAAAAUAGUCUCCAUAGGCUAUGAGCACAUUAACUAAAUCCACUGUUGUACAGUAUAACCUGAUUUAAGACUAUAGGUUAUACACCAAUGAGGAUGAAAACAGUCCUUUUUGUGUUAGAUUUGAUUUGAUUUGAUCAGUACAGUAUUCUGCACUUUGAUAUGAAGUAAGGAAGCUGAUUGUGUGGCCCAUUUUGUGUAUCUGCCUUGGUAUUGCAAAUAAAAGACAACAAAAUGUCACUUAGAGCCAAAGCCCUCUACACAUUCCAAAGUGAAAACAAGGAGGAGAUAAGCAUCCAGGAGAAUGAAGAGCUGGUGAUUUUUGAUGAGAACUCUGUGGGUGGUUGGUUACAAGGCGAGAACAGUCGAGGAGAGCGAGGGCUCUUCCCAGCCUCCUAUGUGAACAUCAUCCGGCGCCGUUCUGGGUCCAACCUGACGGAUCAAUCCCUCAGCUCUCCUGAAAGUUCUCCUGGAAAAGAUAUAUCGUACAUUAACACCCAAUCUACGACUCUACCGAGCGAUGAUGACGACGAUUGGGACGACUGGGAUGACAGCUCAACAGUCGUUGACGACGAAGAUCCACAGAGAGGGAUGGGUGCCAAUGGGCAUUCCCACCAGAGAGGGUAUUCCAACCCAAAUGUCCACUACCGUGCCAAGCCGUACGUGGAACGCCAAGACAGCAUGUCCAGCAACAGAAAGGGGAGCAUGGUGGGCAGGAACUUGAAUCGUUUCUCCAGUUUCGUGCGUUCAGGUGUGGAGGCCUUCAUACUUGGUGACGUGCCCAUGAUGGCCAAAAUCGCUGAGUCUUAUUCAAUAGAAAUGGGCCCACGUGGGCCACAAUGGAAGGAGAGCCCUCAGCCCUUUUCCUGUUCCAUUGAAGACCCUACAAAACAGACAAAGUUCAAGGGUAUCAAGACUUACAUCUCAUACCGAGUGACCCCCAGUCAUACUGGCAGUCCGGUGUACCGACGCUACAAGCACUUUGAUUGGCUAUACAACAGACUACUGCACAAAUUCACGGUCAUUUCCGUGCCCCACCUUCCGGAAAAACAGGCCACAGGCCGUUUCGAGGAAGAUUUCAUUGAGAAGAGGAAGAGAAGACUAAUAUUAUGGAUGGACCACAUGACCAGCCACCCGGUUCUAUCACAAUACGAGGGUUUCGAACACUUCCUAAUGUGUGCAGACGAUAAACAGUGGAAGCUCGGGAAGAGAAGGGCGGAAAAGGAUGAGAUGGUCGGUGCUCAUUUCAUGCUCACCUUCCAGAUACCCAAUGAGCACCAGGAUCUUCAGGAUGUUGAGGAGCGCAUUGACUCCUUCAAGGUGUUUGCGAAAAAGAUGGACGAUAGUGUGAUGCAGUUGACGAAUGUUGCUUCAGAAUUGGUUCGUAAACAUCUAGGAGGCUUCAGGAAAGAGUUUCAAAGGCUUGGGAAUGGUUUCCAGUCCAUCAGUCAAUCGUUCUUGUUGGAUCCUCCAUACAGCUCGGACGCCCUUAGCAACGCCAUCUCGCAUACCGGACGAACCUACGAGAACAUUGGCGAGAUGUUUGCAGAGCAGCCCAAAUAUGACCUGUUUCAGAUGCUGGAUAAACUGUCGCUGUACCAGGGCCUGCUGUCCAACUUCCCUGACAUCAUUCACCUGCAAAAAGGUGCGUUCGCAAAAGUUAAGGAGUCUCAGCGAAUGAGCGACGAAGGCAGGAUGGACCAAGCGGAAGCAGACGGCAUUCGUAAACGCUGCAGGACUGUGGGUUUUGCCCUGCAGGCUGAAAUGAAUCAUUUCCAACAGCGGAGGGAGGUGGAUUUUAAAGAAAUGAUGCAGGCAUACCUGCGGCAACAGAUUGCCUUCUACCAGCGUGUGGGUCAGCAGUUAGAGAGAACCCUGCACAUGUACGAUAAUCUCUAGGGCCUGACCUUUGACCUUUGUACUGUAAUGGAGAUAGGACACUCCUGUGGAUGGAUAUACAAGGGUUGAUUUGAAAUCCAGACUGGAUAUUUUGCAAGAGAAAGUAGACAUUGCCGCUUCUGCACUUAAAAAUGUCACUUUUAACCCCAGAAACCAACAUUAUAGUUUACUGUUUGAAACAAUGUUCAUGUAAAGUGUAUCUUUGGUUUCACUAUGAAAUUUAUUUAAAUGUCUUUUAGAUCAAUGUUACACUUUUUCUAAUUGUUUCAUUCAACAGUCUAACGUGCGAGUGAUGUUACUUGUGUGUCAUCAGGUGCAGAUGCUAAUCAGACUCCAAAAACCACAGCGUAUCACUUCACGUCUUAUUAAGUACAAUGUAAACUACAAAUCUGAAUCUUGUAGCAGAUAAAUGAAAAUGUAGCAAAGUCGCUCAACUCGGCGGUUUGCUAAUACAGACUUCGCUAGUUUGUUGUAAAACUAGCAUAUGACGCAGCUUGUUUACAUGAUCAUUUGCCAAAACACAUAAUUUUCAUUUUUAUAAGCACAUUGGGACAUGACAAUGUCUACUGUAAAAAAAAAAAAAAAAAAUUUAUAGCAUAGUAACACUGUCUUAUCUUGUUUACCGAGUUUUUGUUUGGUUUCUAUUUUCGUUGUGUUUUGCUGGGUUGCCCCAUCCACAGUGAAAUCUUAUUGGUCCAAAAUUCUGCUCUAGAUAGUUUUUAAAGCCGCAGUGUGUGUUUUCCAAACAGGUUUAGCAAACACAUGUCUGCUUGCCGAUGUUCGAAUAGAUAGUCCCGCCCCAAAUUCAUGUCAUUGGUUGAGGCAAUGUUGCUCUGUUGGGCCAUUCAAACAAAUAAAGCAAUGUUUUUAUAGCACCGUAGCGUUUUGGUUCAACCUAAGAAUGGCUUAGUUAUAGAUGUCUGCACAUCGAAAAAAAAUUACACAGCUCAGAUUACACACAUAUGCUCAGAUUUCCCAUGAUUCGAACAAAAUUUAGCACAGAAGCUUGUUGCAUUGUGUCUAGUUAAGAUGAGAUGACAUUUAGGAAUCUUCUGUUGUUAAAUUCCCUAAACGUUCUGAGUAGAUGAACAGGAAAUACACACAGCAGGUUUGUGUGGCCUCUGCUCGAUUCCAGAACGUUUAAUCAGAUGAUAUGUGUAAUCCAGCUCCUCUCAGACAGCAGAAAAUUCCUGAGUUUACAUAAAAAGUGAGUUACAGUGCAUCACAUGUUAGAGUCAUGUGAUAUUCAUCAGAGAAUUCGAGUCAGGAUGUCCAGAGUGCUCCCAGAUGCAGUAGACAGAGUCUUUCCAUACUAAUGAAUGUGAAUACAAGUUGAUGUGAUUUGGAAAGAGUGUUUUGUAAUUCUGGAUCUGGUACUAAUUUUUCAAAUGUUAUUGACUGAGACAACAAAUGUUUUGUAAGUUCUUUGGAAAGUCUCCCUACCCAAGAGGAUCUGAAUUUCUGUCAUAAACACUUCAGUAUUAGCAUUAGCAUCUUUAGCAAAAUAAAUGUUUGUUUGGGGUGUUUCUAAAGGCGGAAGGAAUCUAACAUACUUCUUUUCUCCUUUUUGUGUUCUCUCAGGAAAAACCAGAAAGGGCUUACACUUUGUGCUUGAUUUUAAGUUCAUGGUUUUUGUAUUCAUUCCUUUUUAUUUUUAGUUCUUAGAUAUAAGAGGCACAGGGGUUUAUAUUAGUAAGUCUCAUGGCUGCAGUCUCACUUGACUCUGUGGUGAAGAGUUGCCAUUUUACAGUGCUUUUAGAUUAACUUUAAAACUUGUCUCUUGUCUCAAGUUUCAGAUUGUAAACUUGGAUGCUUACUGUUUGCACACUUGUUAACUGUUAAGGACCAAAAUGUCAAACUUUAGUUUUACUGAGGGUUUACGAAAAACAGGUUAGAGGUUUAUCUGAGCAGGUUUGGACUUGAUUAAUCUGGACCUGACACAAAUGUAAUGUAGAAACAUCUAUAGCAAUGCAUUAAUAAAUUAAGUCAACAUGAAAUUAAAAUUGACCGUAUCUUUCUUUCCUAAUACAUGUUCUUGGUAUUAUUAUGAACAAAACAUUGUUAUAUUCGUAAUCAUUAAUGAAAAUAUAUAACUUGCUCCGCCUCUGUAACGACUUAACUUUUCGGCCGAUGUCACCAAGCCCUAUUUGUAAGCCCCUCCCCUUCAACCACUUGUCACAUGGAGGCUGUGUCUAGUUUGGAAGGCUGCGUGCUAGGCAGGACGUGUCCUUUGAAGACUGCAGUAUACCAAGUGUCCUUCUUUAAACAAGCCUCGUAUAAAGAGACGGCCUUACUAGGACAAACGAAAACGGAAUGUAACAUGGUUGCUAUGACAGCACGACACUCUUUAACAAGCGGGAGCGCUUUGAGUGAGAAGGGAACAAAGUCCCUUUAGAAGGGAAUGUAUGAGGUAAAUUUUAGGAGAGUUAUAAUGAUGUAAAGAGAAAAGAAAAUAAAUUUUACAGGUGUACUUUUAGUCUAAUACUUUAUUUUAAUUAUAUAUUAAUAUACAUUAUACAUAUUAUAUACUCUGCACCCAUCUACUGAGGUACUUCAACUUGGGAAUUAACAUUCCUUGCGUUUGAACAUCAUAUUUACGGGCAAAUUGGCAUCAUUUUGUUUUUAGACAUUUCUGUUGAAGCAAAGAAUUGUGGGUUGUGAGCGCUCAAGAAGGAUACACCUCAUGCAUCCUCCGAAUUCCCGUGAAAGAAGGUUGCAUUUGAAGGCUGCAUUCUAAGUGUCCUACUUGCUUUUCUGAAAUGAGACAGCCUCGAUGACGUAUGCGGCCGACAAAUGCAACCUCCGGAGGACGUAGCCUUCCAAACAAGACACAGCCAGAGACAACUUUUCACCAUCCAAUAAAUUCCUGGAUAAAAUCCUGCCCUCAAAGCUGAAGUAUGUAACGUCUUCUGUGUUAAAAUACUUUCUCCUAUCCCAGCUUAAGAUGCAGAAAUAACUAUUAGUUAGCCACUCAUAGGUUAAUUUUCUUGAAAUCUAUAAGCACUGUGAUUCAAUGGCGCUAUGAAAAUUCUCUUUGUUUGACCAAUGGCAGACGGGGGGCGUAUUCAGAAAGCUGUUUUGAAAACAAAAUUUAUUUUUGCAAUUCGGUUUGGUGACACUAGUGGUGCAGAAAUCACAUACUUCAGCUUUCAGUACUGACCUACAUUUUUUUCCUCAGAAACUGCGAAGCACACCCCAUUACGUUAGUAAAAUGGGUUGCAAACAACAUUUCAUGUUGACUUGAAAAUAAACAUCCUGAAGAAUAUUUUUAAGUGACUGAGAACUGACCAAUCCUGUGGUUUGCAGAAAUUUUAUUUUGGUAUCCAGAUGUUUAUAUGCUCACAGGUCAAAUUAGUUAAAGAAACACCGUCCAAUCCCUCUGGGCAUUUCCUUUCUGGUAAAGAGGGGAAAAAAGUACAGAUAAACAAAAAGCCUGUUUUCCAUUCUCUGGAAAUCUUUGGAACACAAACAGACCAUGUGUGUUGUGGUUGUGUGUCCAUUUGGCCACUUCACCCAUAUUCUGAGAUACAGCAGAGCUCAAAUGCACAGCAGAGUUCCUCAUACCAAAGACGUACAGUUUUCCAUGACUAGACUAAUCCAAAUAUUCUGUUUUCAUAAUGGUCUGCUUGCUUUUUGUACUAGAGACAGUGGCAAUGUUUUAUCAGGGCACAUCUGAAGAUGAAUUACUCACAUUCUGAGAAAGACCAUGUUUAAAUGAGCAAAAAUGGAACAAACGCAGAGGAUGGACUAUCUUCUCAUUGAUCAAGAUCUGCAAAACUCAGUUCUGGAGGGAUGGCAGACCUCAUACGGAUGAUUUUGGACUCUUUUAGGAUGUGUGAGAUCUUGGUCCAUGUUUACUCACUGUAAAGAGGACAGUAGAAUUUAUAUAAUGUGUAGAUUUGAUACUUUUCCACGGAUCUCGUGUUAAACGGGAUCUGAAUAAAUAGAUCUCAAAAUGG